AACAUCAAGACAUUACUACUACAAAGGAAGCUCAUCGUAUCGUCACCUUCGUUGAGCUUACUAGGGGGCUGGCUGUUCUUAGACGAUUGCCAAGGCUUAACACGAGGCGUUCGGAAGCUGGUCACACAAGGUCUCCGGAACUUGGCGCACCAUCAAAAGUCGCCAGUUGGCUCACCCUUCAACCUACCACAUUCAGACAUUCCUCAUCAAGCGCCCGAACAAGCUUCAUUACCAUGCCCUCCUCGAAGCCAAGGGAGGAUAAAACCUUCAAUGCGGGCGAUGUCGUAAUGGCCAAGGUGAAGGGGUAUCCACCAUGGCCUGGCAUUGUUGUCGAUGAGAAGAACGUGCCCACUUCGGUCAAUAAGCAGAGGCCAGGCAAAGGCGUGUACACUGUGCGCUUCUUCCCUCAAGCCGACUACAAUUGGUUCAAAGGCUAUGAGAUGAACCACCUUACGCCCAAGGAGAUCAAGGCUUUCUUGGAUGAGCCCUCGAGAGCAAAGGCAGAUCUUCGUCAAGCUUUCUUGAUUGCGCAGGACCCCAGUGACUGGAACGACGAGCAGAACGUCAUUGUCAAAAAUGCGGAAGAAGCAGCUUUAGAAUUUGCUGAGGGCCAGGAUGAGCUGGCGGAGGAUGAAGAUGACGACACCAUCACCGCCAAGCGUGGCGGUAAGGAUAAGAGGAAGCGGGAAGAAAAGAAAGGAGGAAAGAUUCGCGAGUCUGCAGAAUCCAAGGCAAAGAAGCAGAAGAAGGGAGAUGACGAGAAAGAAAGGGCUGCCAGUGCUCGAAAGAGUGCUGCUGGUGAUGAAGAAAGCGUCGCACAAGAUCCCGAGACAAAGAUGGUGUACGGAUGGCGACACGCUUUGCAGCGAGGCUUCUUGCCCAAGGACGGCAUUAUCAAGGAGGAUGAGACGCCAAACUUUGACAAGACUUUCAAAUCAGUUGAGAGCUACACGGACAUUACUGAGGAGCAGUUGAGGGAGACGAAGAUCGGCAAGGUGAUGAAGCGCAUUGCGCUGCUCACCGAUAUUCCCAAAAACGACGAAUUCAACUUCGCUGGGCGAGCACAGGCGCUGUGCCAAAAAUGGGGAGACGUAAUGGCUGGAGGAGGAGGAGGUGCGCCCAGAGUCUCGAAUGGUAGCGCUGGAGGUGCAGCGGCUGCCAAAGAUGAGCCCACGAAUGACUCUGAAGACCCUGCCGCAGAGACCAAACAAGAUGAAGCUGCCGCAGAAGCUUCAUGAGCCUUGGAGCUUGGCUUGAGAGUGCUCUCAGAUGCACGCGCUUCAGGCGACAAUCGCCAACUAGGGCCAGACGAUGCGAGAUCGGCGUUUCGAUGACAACACGUGAAAUCUCGCGAAUCGAUGUACUUUUUCGACGACCAGAGGGCGACCACUCGCUCUUUCUCGAUUUUCCUGCAGUUCUUUCCGAAAACCUGGCGGUCUGCAAUGGCCAUUAGCAAGAAGAACAAACUUCAAGCCUGUCAUGAGUACAGUGUUCAGGCGUGAUCACUGGGAUUUGGUAUCUCAGAAAGACGUUCAGCUG